AUGGCACCUAUUCGCACUGCCAUCAUCGGCCUUUCAGGGUCCGCAACUACAUCUUGGGCAAGCUCUGCUCAUCUUCCUUAUCUGCUAUCUGCACGCGGCCGAGAAAGAUAUCAAAUCGUAGCCCUCUGCAACAGCAGCGUCGAGGCUGCAAAGCGCGCCAUUGAGGUGUUCAAGCUACCUCCCGAGACAAAGGCCUAUGGUAACCCUCAAGACGUCGCAAACGACAAAGACAUUGACCUAGUCGUUGUAAGCAUCCGCGUCGAUGUACACCACUCUACUGCUCUGCCCAGCGUCAAAGCCGGAAAGGACGUGUAUGUGGAAUGGCCGCUAGCCCACAGCGCGCCUCUUGCAAAAGAACUUGCGGAAGCAGCCAAAGCCAGCGGUAGUCGGACGCUGGUUGGUAAUCAGGGGCGCCAAGCGCCUCCUAUUGUCAAGCUCCGUGAGCUGCUUCAACAAGGCAAGGUUGGAAAGGUUCUCAGCAGUGAGAUUAGGGCCAAUGGCGGAUCCGUUGAUCGGGAGGCCUUGCUGCCCGGGCUAAAGUAUUUCACUGAUCUGGCUAUUGGUGGCAAUAUCGUGACGAUUGGCGUUGGACAUUUGUUUGACCAAGUCCAACAUGUCCUUGGAGACGUCCAAGACCUCCAGUCACGGCUCCAGCUCCAGCGCCCCAACGUCCUCCUCCGCAAUCCUUCAACUAAGGAAGUCGUCGAGAUAGUUAAGUCAAACGUCCCUGAUCUCGUCAUCAUCGACGGCAAUCUUGCCGCCUCUCAAAUCGCCAUCGAGGGAGCCAGUGUGCUCUUCCGCUUCCGUCGAGGACAGCCCUUCCUUGGCGAGCCCCCUCUUUCGUGGACAAUUAACGGCGAGAAGGGCGAGAUUCGACUUCAGGCAUUUGGCGGAUCUUCCUUGCACGCCAACUCCUAUGAUGCUCCCGUGACCAUCGAGAUCCAUGACUUUGCCACAGACCAGGUUCAGAAGAUUGAAUGGAGCUGGCAGAGCUGGCAGGAAGAGCUUCCAGUCGUAGGAAGAAGCGUCGGUCUUCUGUAUGAAAAGUUUGCGGAUGGUGUGGCGGAAGGACAACCGACGUUCGAGACGGCCUUGGUUCGCCACGAGCAGCUAGCAAAAGUUCUUGUUGGCUGGGAGCAGAAAUGA